AUGGGUGUCAACCAUGAUGAUGAAGAACUAGAGGCACUUGAGACUCUUUCUCUUACAGAUUUUCCCCUGACAGACGAUGGGAAUUCCAAUUUUGAAGAUCGACAUCAUUGUCCAUCAUCGUCAACCUCAGAAGAUUUAUUUGAGUUCUUUAGUGGCGGAUUGGGUAGUUUUUCAGAAGAAAACGUUAUGUCUCAUGCUGAAGACAUGAUAUCUGGUGGGAAGCUUAUACCCACUAAUGAUCAGCCUCACCAUGAUCAACCACCACCAAGAAGUGAAAAUCAAACUCGUAACCAGAAACAGGUUCAUCGUCGGCGGUCUGAGUCAAUGCGCGAGUUAAAGAGCAACACCAAUAAGACUACAGCGAGGCAACUCGUGAGAAACAGCCACUCUUUGGACUACAAGAAGCUGCAAAGGAACUCAAGAUCGAAUUCUGAGCCUACGGCGGAGAUCCACCGCAACAGUUUGAGCAACAAAACUUCUUCUUCUAGGUGGACUGAUCUCAUGUUUGGGCCGGUGAAGGUGCCAACGGAGAUGGAUCUCCGGGACAUCAGAAAUCGGCAAACUGUGCAGAAUACUCCAAAAUCAUUAUUCCCUACUGUUGAAUCCGGUGGAGGGUUAGCCGUUAGUCGCGUUGGCGAUCACCGGAAAACUUCAUGGGGAGUACUUGGAAUCUUGAGCUGCAAAAGUUCCGUCAGUGUUGCCGUGACUAUGCCGUUAAGUUGA